CCAUUUUACUUUGCUUUUACCAGUCAUCCACUUUCCUUCCGCCGCCGCUUUAUAUUACUUUUUUUUUUACCUCUACAAUGGAACCUCUCAUCGACGGCGACGGCCAUCCACCAAACGACAUCACUUCAUUCGCUGAUAAUCUUGCUCCUUUCCCUGAAUCUACUAACGUCGUUUACGAGAAUCCAUCUGCCGUUAUUGCUCCGCCGGGAAUCCACCGCCUUCCGGUUUCCCCUGUACGUAAACUCCGACCAGUGCGGUUUGGAAACGGACGAAACUAUGUCGAUAUGGUGGACAGCAACUGUGAUAUUGACGAAGCUUUGAUGACUUGCACCAGUGAUUUAGGGUUUUUAAGUCAGUUUUCUGCUCAAAAUGCGUCUACGGUGUUGCCCAUGGAGUGUGGAUUUGUUAAUUCUUUGGAUGAGAAUGGCGUCGCUAAAUGCUCUGAGGUGGGGAUUUCGGCAGUUCAGCAAAUGAAAUCGGAGUUAGAUGCUGAUUGCUUUAAUUUGAUCUCGCAAUCUCGUAUUUUGGAGACUGAAUUUAGCUCAUCUUCUGACAGUGAAUCAUCCGAGCCUAUUGAAGAACAUUUAAAUAGGAAAAGGAAGAGGGGAACACGGAAGAGUCUUAAAUUAAGUCUUGAAGACAUGGUAAAGAAGUUGAUGGACAAGCAAGAGCAGAUGCACAAACAAUUAAUAGAGAUGCUAGAGAAGAAGGAAGAGGAGAGAAUCAUUCGGGAAGAAGCUUGGAAGCAGCAAGAGGUAGAAAGGGCAAAGCGGGAUGUGGAGUUGAGAGCUGAAGAGACAUCUAGAAACUUGGCUCUUAUUGCUUUCCUUGAGAAUCUGUUAGGUGAAGAUUUCCAAAUUCCAAAAUCAUCAGAAGUAACAAGUCUCGUUAAAGAUGAAGGUGAAGUUCAUGGUCAAGAAGCUGACAUUAGAUCCGAUCCAUGUAAUAGGAGAUGGCCAAAACUUGAAGUACAAGCCCUUGUAUCAGUUCGUACUCGUUUAGAUCACAAGUUUCUUAAAGGAGCUAAAGGAUCCGUGUGGGAAGAGGUAGCGGAUGGAUUGGCUAAGAUGGGUUACAUUCGAACAGCAAAGAAGUGUAAAGAGAAAUGGGAGAACAUUAACAAGUACUAUAAAAGGACAAUCGACAGUGGUAAGACGCGUCCAAAAAACUACAGAUCGUGUCCCUAUUUCCAUGAAUUGGACUCACUUUAUAAGAACGGACUGCUUAACCAAGGUGCUGGGAAUUGUGUCAAGAUUGAGACAGAAAAUAAGAAUGUGGAUCCGGAAGAGUAAAUAUUGCCCGGAUAUUUCUUACUGCCUCAUCCGUGUUGAAGGAUGUGUUUAUCCGAUGGAGGAUCGAUCAGGCUCUCUCCCCAAAUACUUUGGUUGAACUUCACCUUGACAAACAAACACCAGGGACCUAUUGCUGCUGUAAUGUCAUGAUAGAUGUAAGCAUAUCUCUAUUGAUGCUCUUUGAAAUGUCUUCAGAGGGGAAUUGUAGAUUCUUGUACUGUUUUACUUGUUCUUACAUGGAUUCUGGUAUCAAGAGUUCUCCAUUGUAGUUUAUAAAAUUUUAGUAAGAUAUGGCUAGACUCUGUUUUGUUUUGCCCUUCA